AUGGGUCUUGGUAGUUCUCAAGAGUAUUAUGAAUAUCAAGCAAUAAGGCCAACUUCAUCACCUGGUCGCGUAGUACCACCUGCAGCUCGAGGUGUAAAGAGACGUAGAAGACGUAUCUUUCGAAGAGCCCGACCUGCUCCAACAACUGUACUACCUCCUCCUGUUAUACCUGUUAGACAUCAUUCACCUCAUCGACAUCCUCAUAGACCACGCCAUUACGCUCAAGCUAUGCCUGCCUUUCAACAAUUAUCACCAGCAGCUGCAUCAUCUAUACCUAUGGGUUAUCCUAACUACACAGCAAUGCCUUAUAUACAACCACAAGCUAUGAUGAUGCCACAACAGCAGAUACAACCUAUGGUAAUGCCACAGCAAAUACCACAAUCGUAUCCUCUAAUGAUGGCACAAUCUCAACGUUUGACAAUGCAACGAUUUGCACCUAUGAUGUUACCACAACAACAACAACAAUAUAUGAUGAUGCAACAACAAUAUAUGCCACAACAACAACAACAAAUGAUGAUGGCACAAGAAAUGCAACGCUCUCAACCUAUGGCAAUGCCACAGCAAAUGCAAGCAGGAACAUAUGCAUCGUAUGGAUCCUAUCCUUAUGGAAUGAAUUAUUCCACACCAUAUGCACAACCACAACAACAACAGCAACAACAACAACAGCAACCACAUCAUCAACAACGAAUUCAAAGUAAUUAUAAUAUAGGAGCUUCUGCUCCUUUGGCUGCAAGUAUGCCAGGUCAUCAUGUACAAUAUUCUUCACCAAUUAGACCAACAGGUCCCAGUCUCGGUACUGAUUGGACAGGAGGUGGGAAAAUUUCUCCUGGUUUUCUUGGACCUCCUCUUUAG